AUGCCUGUAUUAUUUUGUAAAAAUAUCCUUUAUAAUUUACCUCGUAGCUCUAUAAGCAAGAUUACAUCAAGCAACUUAGUAGUAAAGAGGAAUAUUUCAAAUAUGUCAUCAGAAGUUCCACAAGAAUUUGUUAAAGUCUUUUCCAAGAUCGACUCAUUGAAACCAACCUUCAUUGAUCGUUUGGCUCAUGCUGUUGAAAUUCCAGCAGUCUCUAGUGACGAAUCCCUAAGACCAAUGGUCUUUAAGAAGGCUGAAUUUUUGGUGGAUGAAUUGACCAAAUUAGGAUUCACUGAUAUUCAAAAGAAGGACUUAGGUAUUCAACCACCCCCAGUAGAAAAUCCAAAAUUACAAUUACCUCCGGUUGUUUUAUCUCGUUAUGGUUCUGACCCAAAAAAGAAGACAGUUUUGGUCUACGGUCAUUACGACGUUCAACCUGCCAACUUAAGUGAUGGUUGGGAUAGUGAGCCAUUUACUUUAACUGUUGAUGAAAAGAAAGGUUUAUUAAAGGCUAGAGGUUCUACUGAUGAUACUGGUCCAUUAUUAGGUUGGUUAAAUGUGGUUCAAGCUUAUAAAGAAUCUGGUGUAGAAUUUCCAGUUAACCUAGUCACAUGUUUUGAAGGUAUGGAAGAAUCUGGAUCUUUAGGUUUAGAUGCUAUGAUCGCAAGAGAAUCUGAUUCCUACUUCAAAGGCGUUGAUGCAGUCUGUAUCUCCGACAAUUAUUGGUUAGGCACUAAGAAACCUGUUUUAACCUACGGUUUAAGAGGUUGCAACUAUUAUCAGGUAACAAUUAAUGGUCCAAAGGCCGACUUACAUUCUGGUGUUUUUGGUGGUGUGAUUGCUGAACCAAUGGUUGAUUUGAUGCAAAUUUUAAGCACUUUAGUUGAUUCAAAAGGUAAGAUCUUAAUUAAAGGUAUUGAUGAAAUGGUUGCCCCUGUUACUGAUAAAGAAAAAGGUUUAUAUGAAAAAAUUGACUUUAGUGUCGAUGAAUUAAAUGCUGCUGCUGGUUCUAAAACAUCUCUAUAUCAAAAGAAAGAAGAUAUUUUGAUGCACAGAUGGAGAUAUCCAUCUUUAUCUAUUCAUGGUGUUGAAGGUGCAUUCUACUCUCAAGGUGCCAAGACUGUCAUUCCAGCUAAAGUCUCUGGUAAAUUUUCCAUUAGAACUGUCCCAGAUAUGGACUCUGAAAAGUUAACUAAGUUAGUUGUUGGCCAUUGUAACGCUGCAUUCGAAAAAUUAGAUUCUCCAAAUACCUGUCACGCUGAAUUAAUUCAUGAUGGUAACUACUGGGUUUCUAAUCCCUUUAAUGCUCAAUUUACCGCAGCUGCUAAAGCUACCAAGGUAGUCUACGGUGUUGAACCAGAUAUGACUAGAGAAGGUGGUUCUAUUCCAAUCACUUUAACUUUUGAAGAACAAUUAAAGACUAGUGUGAUGCUAUUACCAAUGGGUAGAGGUGAUGAUGGUGCUCAUUCUAUUAACGAAAAAUUAGAUAUUAGCAACUACAUGAAUGGUAUGAAGAUUAUGGCUGCUUAUUUGAAAUAUUACGCUGACUCUCCAGAAAACUAA